ACACAGUGCCGGAGAAGAUGCCCUCUUGGGCCCUCUUCAUGGUCACCUUCUGCCUCCCCUUGGCCCCUCCAAACCAGGCACAAGUCACCAGCCAAGAUGUCUUCUUGCUGGCCGUGGGCACAGAGCCCCUGCACUGUUUCUCCCAGACAUUUGAGGACCUCACCUGCUUCUGGGAUGAGGAAGAGGCAGCACCCAGUGAGAUGUACCAGCUGCUGUAUGCCUACCCAGGAGAGGAGCCCCGAGCGUGUCCCCUGCAUUCCCAGAGUGUGCCCACCCUUGGAACCCGAUAUGUGUGCCGGUUUCCAGACCAGGAUGAAGUUCGCCUCUUCUUUCCCCUGCACCUCUGGGUGAAGAAUGUGUUUCUCAACCAGACUUUGAUCCAGCGGGUGCUGUUUGUGGAUAGUGUGGGCCUGCCUGAUCCCCCCAGUAACAUCAAGGCCAGGGUUGGGAGCCAACCAGGGGAACUUCAGAUCCACUGGGAGGCCCCUGCUCCUGGAAUCAGUGAUUUCCUGAGGCAUGAGCUCAGCUAUGGCUCCAUGGAUCCCACCAACUCCACUAGACCCUCAGUCUUGCAGCUGCUCUCCACAGCAACCUGCUGCCCCAGUCUGUGGACGCUGAACCCAGUGCCUGCUCUUGACCAGCCUCCAUGUGUUCAGCCUACGGUGCCCCAACAGCAUGGACCAAUGAGGACCUCCCCAGCUGGACAGGCUUCGGCUCUGACAGUGAAGGGUGGAAGCUGUCUCAUCUCAGGGCUCCAGGCUGGCAAGUCCUACUGGCUCCAGCUCCGCAGCCAACCUGACGGUGUCUCUCUUCAUGGCUCCUGGGGACCCUGGUCCUUCCCUGUGACUGUGGACCUUCCGGGAGAUGCAGUGGCGAUUGGACUUCAGUGUUUCACCUUGGAUCUAAAGAAGGUUAUCUGCCAGUGGCGGCAACAAAAUAACGCUAGUUCCCGAGGCUUCUUCCACCACAGCAGGACACAGUGCUGUCCCACAGACAGGAACCCCACCUGGGAGGUAUGUGAGGAGGAAGAGGAAACAGAUCCAGGAUCAGAGCCAGCUCUGUUCUCCCGCUGCCACUUCAAGUCCCGAAAUGACAGUGUUAUUCACAUCCGUGUAGAGGUUACCACAGCCCAAGGUGUCACUCGAAGCUACCUCGGCUCCCCUUUCUGGAUCCACCAGGCUGUGCUCCUCCCCACUCCAAGCCUGCACUGGAGGGAGGUCUCCAGCGGGAGGCUAAAACUGGAAUGGCAGCACCAGUCAUCCUGGGCAGCUCGAGAGACCUGUUACCAGCUCCGAUACACAGGAGAAGGCCAAGAGGACUGGAAGGUGCUGGAGUCAUCUCUUGGGGCCCGGGGAGGGACCCUAGAACUGCGUCCCCGAGCUAGCUACAGCUUACAGCUGCGUGCCAGGCUCAACGGACCCACCUACCAAGGCCCCUGGAGCGCCUGGUCUCCCCCAGCUACGGUGUCCACGGGCUCGGAGACUGCUUGGAUCUCCUUGGUGACUGCUCUGUUCCUGGUGCUGAGCCUCAGUGCCCUUCUGGGCCUGCUGCUGUUGAAGUGGCAGUUUCCUGCACACUACAGAAGACUAAGGCAUGCUCUGUGGCCCUCACUCCCAGACCUACACCGGGUCCUAGGCCAGUACCUCAGAGACUCUGCGGACCUAACACCUCCUAAGGCCACAGUUACUGAGAGUUGUGAAGAAGUGGAACCCAGCCUCUUGGAAAUCCUACCUAAGCCCUCAGAAAGGACUCCUUUGCCCCUGUGUUCCCCCCAGCCUCAAAUGGACUACCGAGGGCUGCAACCUUGCCUGAGGACCAUGCCCCUGUCUGUGUGUCCACCCAUGGUUGAGACAGGGUCCUGCUGCACCACACACAUCGCCAACCACUCCUACCUACCAUUAAGCUAUUGGCAGCAGCCCUGAAGGCAGUCCCCUCACUACCACAGAUCUACAUCUUCAGCACCUUACCUUACCUACCUUUAACACCAACGCCAUCUAUUCUGUCCACUCAUCUCCUCGGGCUUUCUAACACCGAUCUUUCCAUACGGCUGCUCACAAAUCCAGAGCCCUUUCUCCACAGGCACUAGAAAAGGCUCCUCUGGGGUUUUGGGGUUUUUGAUUGUUUGGGUUUUGUUUUGUUUUGGGGGGUUCACUAUAUAGCCCUGAUGGCCUAUAAUUUGCUAUGUAGAAAAGGCUGGCCUUGAACUCACAGAGAUCUGCCUGCUGGGAUGAAGGUGCCAUGCCCUGUAGCUCCUCUUGACUGCCAAACUUGGCGGGGGAGGGGAGAUGUCUUUACUUCCCCACCUCCCACUGACCUUUAAGAAUCUGUCAGUGAGUUCCCCUACUACCGUGAUGCUAAUGAAGUUGUGCAGGCCAAGUUCGCUUCAAGCCUUCUAAUUAUAAGAUCCAACGGGGUCCUGUUAAUCAUCUAUUUAUCCACUCUCUUGGCAUUUUCCCCCACCCUGGCUCCCACAGCAUCACCUUCCUUCCUGGUUUUGUCCCUGCCACUCUGAACAUACCAGCAGAAGAACCAGCUCUGGAGCUAAAGCCAGGUUCUGCCGUUCACACCUUCUAGCUGUGCAGACUUAAGCAGCUGAAAGCCUUUGAGCAUGGGUAAUAACAAUCCACAGAGCUGUGGAGCCAAUUGACUGCACAUUGGCUAAGAUAUGGUAAAUGCUUAAUAUACCUCAACUAGUAUCCUGAUUAUCUCCGCCCCCCCCCCCGCCCCAUUCUGGCCUUUACUAUACGAUGGCCAUUAGAAAGUUCUAAUCUCUGGUCCAGACUUCUAGUACAGCGCCCAUGAUGCUUUGUGUGGCUUUUUUACAUGUGUGUUUCUUGCUAUGGGAUGGUGAGUUGAGAGGGCAAGGGUUAAGAUCUGUCCUUUCCCCCAACACGUUGAAAACUAUUUGGUGCAUGUCAGGUAGAAGACCUUCAAUAAAUAUUUUCUAAGUGAAUUAAA